GCGGAGGUGACGUACUGCGGCGCCGGAAGCCGCUCCCCUCCGAGCCUGCGGAACCCGAGCGGCGGCCGCGAGUCGGCGCCAUGGCUGCCGAAGGGGCCCGGCCGCUGCGAGGCUCCGCCGGCCCGCGGGCGCCUAGGCGGCGUAUGUCCGUCCCGAGGCCCCGGGUCCCGGAGCGCGCCCUCAGGUAAAUUUUUCCAUAACCUUAUGGAGAGAAAGGACUUUGAGACAUGGCUUGAUAACAUUUCUGUUACAUUUCUUUCUCUGACGGACUUGCAGAAAAAUGAAAGUCUGGAUCACCUGAUUAGUCUGAGUGGAGCAAUCCAGCUCAGGCAUCUCUCCAAUAACCUAGAGACUCUGCUCAAGCGAGACUUCCUCAAACUUCUUCCCCUGGAGCUCAGUUUUUAUUUGUUAAAAUGGCUCGAUCCUCAGACCUUACUCACAUGUUGCCUCGUCUCUAAGCAGUGGAAUAAGGUUAUAAGUGCCUGUACAGAGGUAUGGCAGACCGCUUGUAGAAACUUGGGCUGGCAGAUAGAUGAUUCCGUUCAGGACGCUUUGCAUUGGAAGAAAGUUUAUUUGAAGGCAAUUUUGAGAAUGAAGCAAUUGAAGGACCAUGAAGCCUUUGAGACCUCAUCAUUAAUUGGACACAGUGCCAGAGUAUAUGCACUUUACUACAAGGAUGGACUUCUCUGUACAGGGUCAGAUGACUUGUCUGCAAAACUCUGGGAUGUGAGCACAGGACAGUGCAUAUAUGGCAUCCAGACCCACACUUGUGCUGCUGUGAAGUUUGAUGAACAGAAACUUGUAACAGGAUCCUUUGAUAACACUGUAGCCUGUUGGGAAUGGAGUUCAGGAGCCCGAACCCAGCACUUCCGAGGACACACAGGUGCAGUGUUCAGUGUGGACUACAACGAUGAGCUUGACCUCUUGGUGAGUGGUUCUGCUGACUUCACUGUGAAAGUAUGGGCCUUAUCAACGGGGACGUGCCUGAACACACUCACAGGACAUACUGAGUGGGUAACCAAGGUGGUUUUACAGAAGUGCAAGGUCAAGUCUCUGUUGCACAGUCCUGGAGAUCACAUUCUCCUCAGUGCCGACAAGUAUGAAAUCAAGAUUUGGCCAAUUGGAAGAGAAAUCAACUGCAAAUGCUUAAAAACAUUGUCUGUGUCUGAGGAUCGAAGUAUCUGUUUGCAGCCCAGACUCCAUUUUGAUGGCAAAUAUAUCGUAUGUAGUUCAGCCCUAGGACUUUAUCAGUGGGACUUUGCCAGCUAUGAUAUUCUCAGGGUUAUCAAGACUCCAGAGUUAGCAAAUUUGUCAUUACUUGGCUUUGGAGAUAUCUUUGCCCUGUUAUUUGACAACCGCUAUCUCUACAUCAUGGACUUAAGGACAGAGAACCUGAUCAGUCGCUGGCCUCUGCCUGAGUACAGGAAGUCAAAAAGGGGCUCAAGUUUCUUGGCAGGUGAAAUGUCAUGGCUGAAUGGACUAGAUGGGCAGAAUGACAUGGGUUUGGUUUUUGCCACCAGUAUGCCUGACCACAGUAUUCAUUUGGUGUUAUGGAAGGAACAUGGUUGAAAAUAUGGACAACAGCUAAAAAAAAUGACUUUGGGUGCUGAGGCCGCUGCUGCUGCUGCAGCCUCUGUGGGAGCCGAUUUUGCAUGAACCAAAGUUCACACCUAAUGGUAUCGUCAUGCAGUGCACAAUCAUUUAUUUUCCUGGGUGGGGAAUGAUGGGGGGUGGGGAGAAAGGUGGGGGGAAAGGGAUUAUUUUAUUGACAUAAUGCAACGCAGCAUGCUAACAAUCUACACCAUUGAAACUCAUUUGUACUUAGUUAUGCUUGUCAUUAUAAAAGAACAAAUUUUGGGCCUAUCUUUCUUGACUGGACUAUUGGUUUAAAGCAAAGCAAGUUAAAUGGUUUACAAAUCUGCUAAUAAUUGAAUAUGAAAUCCCAGUGAGUGAUUAAAGAUUUUUUUGCCCUGGUCUUUUUUUUUUUUUAAUUUGAGGUAGAAGCAGAGGUAUUUUAGAACUCCAAAAUCACUAAAGCUGGAAGGAAUUUUCCUGAAAAUCUAGUAUAGACUCAGAGAGGGAAAAGGAUGUGCUCCAUGUUAUUCCAAAAGGUUCUCUUGCAUGGAGCUUGCAUUUUAUAGGACCCCAUAGUUACAGAGACCACUGAUUACUGUGAUUUUCAUGAAGUCUCCAGAUAUUAUCAGUCCAUAUGAUAAUUUGUCAUCUUUUAUUAAAAUUAACUCAUGAGAGUGAAUCAGCUGUUUUAACAUAUAGGAAGCAUUUAGGAAACAUUGGGAGAAAAGACAAAAUGACUGUUAUUUUUGGUUGGUGCCAGUUUUUAAAAUCUAACCACUGUGGUCAGGCAUACUGGUGGCAAACAUAGCCCACUAUGUGCACUACAUUAUACUAAGGGCUGGGAAGGAUAGAAAGACAUGUAAGGCAUGGUUCCUGCCAUCAUAAAACCUAAGGUCUAGUAGUUUAAGGUAAGAUACAUACACAGAUAAAGAUAAUUUAGAAUGUGGUAAGUACAUAAAAAGGAGUACAAAGUCUUGUGAAAUCAUAUGAGGGAGAGAUUGCUUCCAGCUAAGUGACCAGAGCGAGCUUCUUUGAGGAGGUAGUAUUUAAACUGAUAAAACAUGACUUAAAGUUAAUUUUGGACGGGAAAGAAAACAGUGUUGGGACCUAAGUAAUAUCCUUGGUUUUGAGCUAAUCAUAAUUUUAGCUCUAACUUUUUCUUCUUCCUAUUGACCAUGUGAGAAAGCGUGUGUGUUUUGCAGUUGGGGAAAUUGUACAGGCUACUGCCCUCAAAUAUCUUCGUUCUAGUAGGAGGGCUAAGAUGUAUGAAAUUAGAAUAUGAAAUGUGCGUGAGAAACAUGAAAUAAGUGCCCUUAGAGUUCACAAGAAGUAAGGUUUUGUCUGGGGGGGAUCAAGGACAACUCACGGGAAAGGGGUGGUAUUUGAUCCAAGUCUUGAAGAUAGGUAGGAUUUUAACUGGUGGAGGCUUGGGUGGGGUGCAAGAUGUGUUUAGUAAAUGGAUAAGGACGGGAAGGGAACACACUUGUCAAAUACCUCCUGCAUGCCAGGCACUGUAUUAAGCAUUUGACGAAUAUAUUUUCAUUUAAUUAUAUUUACAAAUAUUAUUUAUUACAAAUAUUUACAAAUAUCAUUUGAUUGAAUGGGAUCUGUUUGAAUGGAGCAUAGAGCACUUGAAAGACAGUAGAGUGAGACAUAUUUGAGAAGAUAAUUUGAAGUCAAAUUGUGUAUUGUCUUUAAUGCCAAGUUAUAGAGGUUGAGCUUAAUUGGGUAGGAUGAUAGACAAUUGCUAAAGGGUUUUAAAAAAAUUUUUUGUAAGAAAAUAGAGCUGUGCUUUAGGGUUACUCUGGCUUCAGUGCAGAGGAGGGGAGACUAAUCAGGACCUUAUUCUAAUUGUCCAGAUAAGAGGUAAUGAGGACCUCACUUAGAGUUAUGACAUGGGAGUGUAGAGAAAGGGAUGUGUAGGAUCUCACAUGGGAAGAUACAUUUUGGGCUUUUCCUGCAAGAGUGUCAUGUUUGUAUUUUUAUGUUAGAGGCAACAGCCAUGUUUAUUGAGUAGGGGAGUUGCAUGGUCAGGCCUGCACUUAAAGGACUUUGGUAACUUGUAAGUAAUAAAGUUGGGUAAAACAAGUUUCUUCCAGUGUGUCCAUUUAUGAAUCAGAUAUACUGGAAAAAGAAAAGAAGGUUCAGUCUUAUGAUUUGGCCUUGUUUUGAAAUCUUAGUUUGACUCAUAAACUAGCCUGGGACUAGAACUGACGCAAAGCAAAACUAUGAGAGCUGUCUUCUGAUCUCUACAAUGUCCUUUUUAAGAACAUUUUCAUUUUUAUGUUAUUUCCUGUUGUGACCAGGAGCUGGAGUUUUCCCACAUUUUAUUCACUGUAGUAGUGGGUAAGGGUAUAACCUCAUGUUAAUUGUAAAAGAAUCACCUUUUAAAUAAUUAGAAGACUUCAUAUCAUGAUAAUUUGUAGCAAGUGAUUUAUCAUAUUGGAAACUUGUUGGAAAGAGAUCUCUUCUAUCCUGCCUUUCUCAUAGGAACUUUCCACAACUUUAGUGCUGUGAGCAGUACAGGCUGUUUUCUUUGACAGGAAAAGCAAGGAAAAGAAGGGCCGUGAAAGAAAAAAAUGAAGGCCACUGGAAACUUUAUUAAAGAGAUGAUACUCAGAACAUUUGAGUAAGAAACUCUAACUAGAUCCUCCUCUUCCUGCCCAGAGUAGCUGGAUUGAACAAUUAGCUAAAUACAGGUAUGAAAAUAUGUUGUUUCCUGGGGGUUUAAAAGCCACGUAUUUAACCUCACAUUUUUGUCUAGAACUAUAAAGACAUUCCUCUAUUUAAAGUCAUCUUUUCUGGAUUCAGUCCUAUACACAAGAGAAUGAACUCUUUCUUGGUUCACAAUUAGCUUUUCAAACAGAGCUAUUGGCCCAAGUUUAACAACUGCUUCAUUUAAUAGAGAUUAGGCACAGGCUGGUCACUUACAGUGAAGGAGUGAUUUAUUCCUUUUGGGUUUCUGAUUCAUAAGAUCAUAGAUCUUGAGUUGAGAGGGACUUCGGGCUAUCUAGGCCAACGUCUUCAUUUUACAUGCAAAGAAAUUGAGUCUCAGAGAAAUUGUGAUUUGCCCUAGGUCACACAAGUGAUUCAGUACUUUUCUAGUUUUAAAUACUAGCUGUGCCUUGAAAUGCAGAGUGGCUGAUAGGUCUGUGUACAUGCUGUGUAAUAGUGCCCCAAGUAAUUUUUAAAUGAUUUUGUUAAUACAUCUUACAAUAAAAACCUAAUUUGAGUCACAUGAAACCCCACUGUAACAUUGCUCUGGAUGUUGGCUGCCUUUCCUGCUGUCCUCAGGGAACUGCUGUCCAGACUUUGUAGUGAGUCCAGAAGAUCAGAAAUCAACCCCAGGAAUUAAUCAGGCAGCAGCAAGAGGUGACAAGGAGUUUGCCUGAUGACAAUGACUGCGAUCCUCCUCUCCCCAUCAUAGCCUCUCUCCAACCUCCCUGAGAGGUGAGAUGUCUGUCGGGUUGAAAAGAAGGCAUGAGAGAUGAGUGAGUCUCUAUCUAAAAAGAGUCAAGGACAAAAGAGAUGCUGCUGAGUUGAGGAGAGAUCCUGAUGAUGGGCAGAGAAGAAUUUCUUUCAUUUUUAGCUCUGCAUUUUGGCUAUGACUAAAUAAAUUUUUUUUCUUUAAGGGCACUGAACCUAUGGAAUAUUGUUUAACAAUACUAUUUUUUUUUUCAUGUAGCCAAUUAAGCAGUAUUGUAUUGGGGGAAAAAACCUUUAAUGCAGAUCUCAACAAUUGAGGAAAGAAAAUGCUGGAAAGAAGUUUUAGAGUGGGAAAAAUGAGUUAAAAUGGACCUAUUUCCAAGGGAAAUACCUCCCUUAUUUAGAAGAAUAAUCUGCUUUCCAGCUCUUAGAACCUUGCAGUUUCCAAGUUUUUAUUUCAUAAGCUAAUUACAGCAGACCCUUAUCCUCUGUAAAGUGUAAUUACUGUAGCUCAAUUUGGAUAUUAACAUGUUAGUGUUACUUUUUGUAUUUAAAAGUUGGAAAAAUCCAUUUCUUUAAUAGCCUUACUCCAAAUUAGUCCAUAUGAGUGAGUUUAAUUUUAAUGAAAUCAUUCUAAUUUAUUUUAAAAUAACUAAAAGAACAUUGGAAAAUCAUGAAUCAAAUUUUUUUUCAAGUUUUAGCAAUAUUUACAAAUAGAAGUAAGAAUAAAUCCAAAAAUGAAGCAAAGUAAAUGUGUGUCUUAAAGCAACAUUCCUUCCAAAGGUCAUUUUUAAGUAAUGGAGUCACGAAGACCUGAGUUUAAAUCCUGUCUCAAAUCCUUACUAGUAGCAUGACACUGGGCAAAUCCCUUGCCCUCCCUAAGCCGCUAUUUCCCCAUGGGGAUAAUACGUACUUUGCAGGUUUGUUGUAAGGUUAAAAUGAGAUGACAUAUGUAAAGUAUUUUACACAUUUGAAAGUGAUACCUAAAUGGUAGCUGUUAUUUCUUCUGGGUAACAAGACUUCACCCUUCAAAACUCUGAUUCUAAGUACAAGGAAGAUAUCCUUAUGAAGAUGUUCACAGUUUGACAGUAUUUCCAGAAAUUGUCUGCUUGGUUAGCUGUCACAGUGGCUCACAUCAGUAUGGUAUUGAGCUGGUCAUUUGAAUAAUGGAUUUAACUCUGGUUCUUACACAGGCCUGAGCUCUGUAAUUUGGAAUCAGAGAAUUAUCAGAAGAGAAAUGCUCUUUGUCCAGAAAGAAUGGGCUUCUUAAAACUAGGCUAAUAUUUUAAACCAGGGCCUCACAGUGAUCUCAGAUUGUGUUAUUCCAUAUGUAAAAUUUCUAAAGAAUAGGUCUAGGGCUGGCGUAUCUGCAGUGGCUACAAACACACCUUGAUCAAACCCAUCAGUAUCUUUGUGAACAGAGAUUAAGAGAAUUACAAUAUCUUCUUCCACUUCAAUUUUUUUCUAUCCUUCCUAUCAAAAAAUUGAGGAGCAGAAUUUCAUGGAUCUCAGAUUGGCAGAUUUAACUCAUGUACAUAUUGUAGAAAAUACAUUCAAGCCACUGAAAGUUAUCACUUGUCCAUGGUUGCCACGGUUUCUUCUGAAGAGAAAUACUGAGAAGCAGAAACAUUGAAGUGGGAUGUUAGGAAAAAAUGAUUUCUCUUGUCCCAUUGUCAGCAUCAUACCCCGGAAUUUUUUUUCUAGAGGUUGUCUACAGAUCAAAGUCAGGAUGGCUUGAACCCCAAAAUUUUAUAUAGCUGUGUUUUGUUUGAAUUAUGAAACAUUAUUACAACUUCCCCACAUUGUAGUGGGCAUGACCUAGAGAAAGAUCCGGGAAAGGAGACAGAGAAGGAGCAGUUAAAGAGCCAACGAUGUCAUAAAGACUAAGAGAGAAGAGAAUGUCCAGGAAAGGGAAGGGAGCAUGACUAUUUGCAACAAAUGCUACAGAGAAGUUAGAAAGUAUGAAGAUUGAGAGGCCACUAGACUUUCCAGUUAAAGAGAUCAGUGGUAACUGGGGAGUUUUCAGUUGAUUCGUGAGGUCAGAAGUCAUACUGCAGAGUUAAGAGAUGAAAGGAGGCAUUGGAGGUACCUGAUGUAAAUGGUUUUGUUAAGUUUAGCUAUAAAGGGAAAGAUACAUGAAAUGAUAGCUAGGGGAUGGUUAGAUCAAAUGAGUUUAGAUUUUGUUGUUGUUUUUUAAGGAUGGGAGAGGCAUGGACAUGUUCGUAGGCAUCUAGGAAGGUUCUAGUUAGGAGGAGAUGGAAGGGAUGAUAGUGAAGGCAGUCUGCUAGAAAAGAUGAGAAGAGAUGCAAUCCGUGGUCCAUAUUGGGGAAUUGGGCUUGGAAGAAGGACAACUUCAAGACCAGAAGGAAGGAGAUAGUAGGGGCAGAUAUCUGAGUGAUAUAAGAUGAAGAGAGAGCUCUUGGUGAAUGGCUUCAGUUUUUUCAGUCAGGGGAGAGGUGGAGGACCUCUGGAGGGGGAGAGGGUACUGUGGGAGGCUUGAGAAGAGAUGAUAAAGUUUGGAAUGGCUGCAAUGGAGAGUGAUUGCCUUGCUGCAGUGGAGGCCAGGUUGAAAUUAGAUGUGUAGUGGACCCAGUCAAAUUAACAGUUUCAUUAUUUCUUCCAGCUCCCUCCAGCAGCACAUCAAUAGGAGUGAAUGAGGCAGAUGGUAUGAAUAAUCUUUGGCAAAGCAUGAACAGCAAUGGAAGGAGUAAAGAACCGUAGAGUACAGGAUAGGGUAGAGUUGAAUUGGUGUACCAAAGAGUCAAGAUAAGUAAUGAAGGAGAGUAUAGCCAAUGUAGGGGUAAUGGUCAGAAAAGGACUGAGGAGUGAAGGUGAUAGAGAUCAUGGUCUUGGAUGAAAACCAUUUUAAGAAGAAAUAAACUAUUGUUAUUGGCUUACAUUACUGAAUAGAUAGAAAGAGGAAAUAGACAAGGAAUUCAAGAGACUGAUUUGGAAGCAUUAUAUAGUAGUGUUGAAGGAAAAAA